AGAUUCCAAUUCCACAUGCUUACCAGGCUAUAUAGAUUGUAGCUCCAAAGCAUUUUAUGCAAUGCAGUUCACCGGCCAACAAGUCUUCGCAUGGAUUAUUCUUUUACUAGGUACCGGUAUACUGGUCUCUUCGUUUACCUCGGAUUUCUGGUCCACUCACACUCGAUUCAAUCAGCAUGAUGCUCUACAAAUGCACCGUGGUAUCUUGAAGCAGUGUGUUUCAACUCGUACCUAUGGAAAUUGCUUUAUGAGACUUUCAUCAAUUCUACACCGAUUACGAUGGAUUUUCGACAAUUACGAUGCAUAUCCAAGUCGAAUGCUUGCGUAUAGGCAUUCUCCUACUCAAACGUUUGAAGUGGUGAUUGCUGGUCUGCUCAUUUCCUCGAUUACUAUGGCUUGCGCUGUGGUCGUGACGGGCCCAUUCUGCUGUCAGAAGUGUCGAAUGUCAACAACGUUCAUCGUCCUUCUGACGGGAGUAUGUGUUGGCACGGCUUGUUUUGUCUACUGGCAAGCGAAUCUAGAGGGCCAAACGUUCACAUUGCAGCAUAUACCGAUACACGAUCUGUUCGCCUAUGAGUUUGUGAGUUAA